UCUUAACCUGAUAUUUCGGUUUACGGAACAGAUAUUUUUUUCUUAUUAAAUUUUUAUUUUUAUGCGAAAACGCAUCGAUUCGGUGUAUUUUUAUCAAAAUUUGAGGUUAACAGAGUCUUCUUAACAUUUACCAAAGAAAAUGGAACGCACUGAGGAAGAUUGGUCUGUAGAGUGUUCAGAUGAUGAGAAAUAUGAAAUGGAUGAAAAGCAUAAAUGGAAUAUAAAGGCUGAAGAGAUAAUCUCAUUAAUUGAAGGUUUGGAAGUAAAUAAUUGCAUUCUAGAACUUGAAUGGAAGUGUCCUGGCAGACGAGGGCCUUCUCCUAUUCCUUCAAAUAAUCUACAACAGGAGCUUGAAUCUCCAGAAUAUAAAACUGAAGAAAAGUCUGACUUUGAUUUCAUGGAUGAAAUGUCAUUACCGAGGUUACCUGUCCGUAGGAUUGGCGAAAGUACUCCAAAAGGUAGUGCUAAGAAAAAAAUUGCCAGCUUUAAUGGAGUAAUAUCCACAAUGUUAAGACAUCGUAGAUUGGAGCAACAAGAAAUAAAUUCAAGUCCAAAAAAAGGUGAAUCUUCUAUAUUAAAGCCACCUACUUAA